CCGUCACUAUCCGGCGCCGGGUUUCAGUUUCGUUCCCCUAGCUGUCAGAGAGCGGAGGCUCCAUCUCCGGCCUCCAGACCGACCAACCCGGCACCGUGCUCCCCUGCCUGGUGCUGCCCGGGCCCUGGCUCCGCGGCCCCGCUUCCAUCAUGUCCCGGGACCCCGAGGAGGUGUGGAGUCCCGAAUAUGACUCCACCUGGGAGGAGGAGGGGGAGAAGAAGACUCGGGGCCCCAGAGAGCCAGGGAACCGGCGACAGUUUAAUUAUCGAAAUAGUCGGAUGAGAGCUGCCAAGGACCUGCAGAACUACAGACAUGGCUAUACAAGUGACCGGCGUUAUCAGGGCUACACGAGUCCGCCUCCACAAACAUACAAACCCAACCUGCAGUUUUAUCAGGGCAACAGGCGUUUUGAGCCUGACGGGCUGUUCAUAAUGGAACUGCUGGAGAAAUGGAAGGAAAAGUACGAGAUUCUAGAGAGGAAUCAUUCCUAUAUCCAAUGGCUAUUUCCUCUGCGGGAACAUGGUAUGAACUCUUGUGCCAAACCACUGUCAGAUGCUGAAAUUGAGGAGAUGAAGGGAGAUAAGCGCUUCCCAGGGAGGUUCCUCGAAGCCUACAAACUCAUGUUGGAUUUUUAUGGCAUCCAACUGAAAGACGAGAAGACCGGAGAAGUGACCUUGGCAGAUAAUUAUGAAAGCAGAUUUAGGAAUCUGAACGAUCACAGUCACAACAACCUGCGCAUCACACGCAUACUGAAGUGUUUGGGGGAGCUGGGGUUUGAACACUACCAGGCUCCUCUGGUGAAGUUUUUCCUGGAGGAAACCUUGUGCAAUGGCAGACUACAGAAUGUAAAAAGAAGUGCUCUGGACUACUUUAUGUUCACUGUCAAGAACAAGAAUCAGCGCCGCAAAUUAGUACACUUUGCCUGGAAGAAUUACAACCAAGAAAAUAAGUUCAUCUGGGGUCCUGUGGAGAAGCUCAGAACCUACCAACCACCAGCGGAAAAUGAGCAAGAAACUAAUAACAAGCAGAAAGAAAAGAACAAUGAAAGGGUUGAAGAAAGCCAGAUAAAUGGACAGUUGGACAGCUAUGACGCCAUCUCUGAUGAAGAAAUAUUAAAUUAUUGUGAAAAUGUUGAAAAUGUUGAAUGCCAUCAAGACUCUAUUAAGCCUGAUAAAAAACCCAGUGAAGAGUGCAUACCUCUGCAAGAGUCGCAUAGGAAAAAUCCAGACGAGGGUUCCAGUACGUGUCCGGAGGCAGUGUAUAACAACAAAGGUCUGUUCUCCAGUUCUUCAAGUCCUAGUAUGAAUGGAGUGCAGCAUCUUACAGAAGAUGUGGACAAAAAGUCCAAUGAAGAGGAACAAAAUCAGGUUUCUUAUGAAGUCUCACCAAAGCAUGACCAUAAAGUGCCUUCAACUGUAGAACACCAAGAAGAAGGCAAGGAAGAGGGGCAAGUUAUGGAAGAAGCAGUCUCUAGGAAUCAAAAUGAGAAUCUCCAGCAAGAAAACACACAUACAGAUAAUACACCAGUAGGAACCCCAAGAAAACGGAAGAGACAAAACGGAGAAGGGACAUCUGAAGGAGGUCCACCAAAGUCUGAUGACGGCUCUGGGCUGCCCAAGGAAGACGGAGAAGACGAUCGAGUGGAUGGAGUCAACGACGAAGUGAAAAAACUUAAAUUGGGUGAGCAGCCAGGUUCAGAGAAAAAUGAAAGGAUGGCAGACGAAUUACCAGGCAGCACUGCUGGUGAAGAUCCCCAACAGCCCAAUAAGGGUUCUGAUAUUAACCAAGAAGGAGGGGAAUGUAGCCAAACAGAGGACGAGGAAGCCAAAGAGGAAACGCCAAAAAAGAAUGAGCAUUCUAGUUCGGAGGACACUGAAAAAGAUGACCCAUCAACGAGCAGCGCUAGUGAAGAUCCUAACUAGUCUGAAUCUGGUGGAUUGGAAGCCGCAGGGGCAGCCAAAUCCCAAGAAUAGUGUAAAGGAGGCAAACAUCCAGCAGAUGUUGCGAGGAAGCAGGUUAGUCAAAGCUUCUGAUAUGUUGACUCACAGAACCUUAUCGAAGGUCAUUCUAUGGCAGAGCAGGGAGAAUGUAAACCCUCAUCUCCACUAAAGUUCUAAGUCAAAAUGGGCUUCUUUAAUAGCGGCACCGGGAAAAAAGACAACCUGUAAAGAUCUUUCAUAUAUGAUACCAAGCUGUGGAAGAUGCCAAUGCUUCAGGUCUUGGAUCUUUCACGAUCUUCUGUUGGUGUGUAAUUUGGACAACACAGACCGUCCACGCAUCAAGCCUGACAUCUGUUCCUGCGGCCUUAACUCCACCUCAAGCCAGAAAACCCCAGAUGCAUUUUGAAUGUAACCCGAGAGAAGAGGGAAUGGCUUCUUUAAAGCUCAGCUGUCACUGGCAUGAAGUGACUUUUUUCCUCUACACUGGUGCUAGUGGACCUUUUUCAGAACCUCUCAUCUUCUUUCUUUUCUUCCCCCUUGCCAUAAAUGUUUCUCCUUUAGCAAAAUUGUUUCUCUAUUAUUUAAAAUUGGAUAGUUUAGUGACGUGUUACAUCGUCCUUGGCUAAGAAUAUGGUUUGUGAUAGUUCCUUUUUAUCUUUUUUUUUUCUCUUCUUCUUUCUUUUUUCUGAGAAAACUUUACAACUUGUUUGUGAAAUUGAUGCCUCAAUACAACAAGCUUUGAUGUAAAGUA